AUGGCUAUGGCUUCUAUGAUUCAAUGUUCGGCUACUUCAUUCUCUGCAACUCGAAGAGGAGACUCUGCUGCCUUCUUUGCUCCCUGUUCUGCCCGUUUCACCAAGACCCACAAGUGUCGGGUUCGUUGCUCCUUAGAUGAUAAUGUUUCCGACAUGAGCGUUAAUGCGCCAAAAGGGUUGUUUCCGCCCGAACCUGAACAUUAUCGAGGACCGAAGCUGAAAGUGGCUAUUGUUGGAGCUGGGCUUGCAGGCAUGUCAACUGCAGUGGAACUCUUGGAUCAAGGCCACGAGGUUGAUAUAUAUGAGUCGAGGUCUUUUAUUGGUGGCAAAGUUGGUUCCUUUGUUGACAAACGUGGGAAUCACAUUGAAAUGGGAUUGCAUGUUUUCUUUGGUUGCUACAACAAUCUUUUCCGAUUGAUGAAGAAGGUGGGUGCACAUAACAAUCUACUUGUGAAGGAUCACACACACACUUUUGUUAACAAAGGAGGUCAAAUUGGAGAACUAGAUUUUCGAUUCCCAGUUGGAGCACCAAUACACGGGAUAAGGGCUUUUUUGACCACAAAUCAGCUUAAUUCCUAUGAUAAGGCUAGAAAUGCUGUGGCUCUUGCACUGAGUCCAGUUGUCAAAGCUCUUGUCGAUCCAGAUGGUGCACUGAGGGACAUAAGGAAUUUGGAUAGUAUUAGCUUUUCAGAUUGGUUUUUAUCUAAAGGUGGCACACGCAUGAGUAUUCAAAAAAUGUGGGAUCCAGUUGCCUAUGCCCUUGGGUUUAUUGACUGUGAUAAUAUCAGUGCCCGCUGCAUGCUCACCAUAUUCGCAUUGUUUGCCACAAAGACUGAGGCUUCACUUUUGCGAAUGCUGAAGGGUUCACCAGACGUUUAUCUGAGUGGCCCCAUCAGGAAGUACAUCACGGAUAGAGGGGGCAGAUUCCACCUUAGGUGGGGAUGCAGAGAACUACUUUAUGACAAAUCCGUUGAUGGGAGUAUUUAUGUUACAGGACUUUCCAUGUCGAAGGCUACUGCCAAGAAAAUUGUGAAAGCUGAUGUUUACGUUGCUGCUUGUGAUGUCCCCGGAAUCAAGAGAUUAAUUCCAUCAGAGUGGAGGGAACAAGAGUUUUUCAAUAAUAUCUAUGAACUAGUUGGAGUUCCUGUAGUCACUGUGCAACUCAGAUACAAUGGUUGGGUUACAGAGUUGCAGGAUCUAGAAAAGUCAAGGCAACUGAGGACAGCUGUUGGGUUGGAUAACCUUCUCUACACACCCGAUGCAGAUUUUUCUUGCUUUGCAGACCUGGCCCUUUCAUCUCCAGAAGAUUAUUACAUUGAGGGACAAGGAUCGUUGCUCCAAUGUGUUCUGACCCCAGGAGAUCCAUACAUGCCCUUAUCAAAUGACGAAAUCAUUGCAAGGGUAGCUAAACAGGUUUUGGCACUGUUCCCAUCAUCUCAAGGUUUGGAAGUGACUUGGUCUUCUGUUGUUAAAAUUGGCCAAUCUCUGUACCGCGAGGGACCUGGCAAAGAUCCAUUUAGGCCAGAUCAAAAGACGCCAGUGAAGAAUUUCUUUCUCGCUGGCUCUUACACAAAACAGGACUACAUAGACAGCAUGGAAGGUGCAACUUUAUCUGGCAGACAAGCUUCGGCCUAUAUCUGUGAUGCCGGGGAAGGAUUGGUGGCAUUGCGGAAGGAGCUUGAUGCCAAGUUCAAAGACGACCUAAAUUUUACAAAUACUAAAGAUGAAUUGAGCCUAGUAUGA